AGCACUGAAAUCAACUGAUAAGAAGCAGUCACGAGCAAUGAUCGCGGAGUUGAUACAUCUCAGCACAGUCGAUCGUCAGUCGACGAUGGUACGCCGAGCAGUGAUGGGAGUCCAUUCUGAAUUUCUCCUACGAUGGGCAGUUCUGAUAACCUUUGCACACCUUUCAAUCACCGCUGAUUACAGUUGUACCGAUCGCUACAAGGAAUACUGCGUUGUAGAGAAUGUUACCGCCGACGCAAUCGACAGUUCGAGUUUUCCUCCGGAAAAGGCCUUGCUCAUCCAAAAUAGUACCAUUCCAGUGUUCGGAGAACACAUCCUCCGUAAAAUGGCACCAGUUGAAAGCCUAAUGAUACAUCAUUUGAAAAUUGAACAGCUGCAGCUAGCAGAAUGUGAUCAACUGUUAACACUAUUCGCCAGCUAUAACCAUAUCUCCGAACUAACCGUCGCAAACGAUUUUCCUCUGCGAAACCUUCAUCUCUACCAGAAUUUGCUCACCAACAUAAGUGGUCUGCGAGUGUUGACCAGCCUGGAACAGCUAUACCUAAACGAUAAUUUGUUAGCGAAUCUUGAGUUCGACGUGUUCGCCAACAUGAAACAUCUGAAGAUCUUGACUCUACACAGGAAUUUUCUCACCGCGAUCGACUGCAAACAAUCGAUUAGUCUGCCUGCUCUCGAGUCCUUGUUCUUACAGCACAACAAACUAACCUAUCUGGACACAGGGAUGUGGAAAAUGCCCUCGCUCCAAAAGCUAGACCUAAGUGCGAACGAACUCGCGUUUUUGUUCACCUUUCUUGAAGAAUUUCCUGCGCUCCGAGUGCUGGAACUGUACGACAACAAGUGGAACUGCGCAUGGCUAUCGAAAAUGGUAGACCGCAUGGAGCUCCGCGAGAUUCAGCACACCCAGGUCGAUCCCACCUGCGACGAUGGGGUUCUAUUCGAUGAGGUUUGCUGUCUUCACGAGGCAGACGCUCCGGAUCCGAUGAUGCUGCUGAUCAGCCGAACCACAGUUGUGGACGAUCUGCAGGGACAGCUGGGAGCUCAGCGAAAAACAGUUGGCGAUCUGGAGGAAGCUCACCGCAAGCAAACGUUUAAGUUUGAGGAAAUGCAGGACAAGAUUGACCGGCUGGACGAGUUUUGUAGAGGCGAGUUCUAGUGAAGGGCCUUCGGAAUGUUUUGAACAUAUAUUACGAAUGUUUUUUUAACUUUAAA